AAAACAAAAUGUACGUAAACAAAUCACCGACAUCUUUAGACGAAGAAUACAUCACCCACGACCAACACGGUACAUACCACAAUGGUACCCACCAAACUCUUCGUACCACCACCAUAUCCAUAGGAAUUAUAAUCAGUUUGAUAGCAAUAAUCUUAGAUACCAUCCUCAUUUUCGUUAUAAGAAGAUAUAAAGCUUUGAAAACCCGCAACAACGUAUACCUACUUCAUUACGCCAUAUGCAACAUCAUAUAUUUGUCCUCAAACACCAUACUUCAUGUUGUAAUGGACAUAUUUUUCGAGGGGUACUUGGAAGUGAACUGGUACUGCACAUUGGUACAAAUAGAAAACUACUUUUUGAACCUCUGCAUAAUGUUCAUAGCUAUGUACGCUCUGGACGAAUAUAUCAGGAUUUCUUGCAAAAAUAACUUGCUAACUGCAUAUUUUAAUGGGUACAAGUACUUUAUAGGAAGUCUCUAUAUUAUACACGUACUAUUUUUGUUUAUUGUAACGGGUGUAUGUUUUGGUAGCACCAAAAAAGUCAAAUUUGAUGUCAGUUUUAUUAUAGUCACCGUAACAUAUGCCCUUUUGCUUUUGGCUUUAAUCAGAAUAGCAAUGAGUUUGAAAAAAGAGUUGCAAAAUAUUCAAACACAACUCCUAAGAAUAGUUUUGGAAGUUUCAAGCUUUGUAUUCUUGUUCUACCUUCCAAUAAUUGUUUAUUAUAACUUAUUAAACAUUUUAGAUGCAAAUCAUAUCGAGGAUUUGGAUAUUUGGCAGGUAUAUUCGUUUAUUUUUGAAUAUAUGGCUUACAGCGCUACUUUUGUCUUGAUUUAUAAGUUGUUUAAGUUAAACAAGUUCUUUAAGUUGGCUUUUUGUAAGGUUAUGUGUAAAUCCAGAAAGGAUUUGGAUUAUAGUAGGCUGGAUACCGUUCCAGAAGAGUUAUCUAGCUAAGAAGAUAUAGCUAUCUGUUUAUUUUAUUUAUUAAAAUUGUUUAUAACGUUUUAAUCGUUUUUUUUAAAUAUAUUUGUUGUAUAUAUUGUCACUUAAUCAUAAUAUACUGCCUUUUGAUAUUUGUAUCAUGUUAUAAAUAAAUAUUUUUGA